CACAGAAUACAGAUCUGGUUACAGGAAUAAUCACUAAUCAGGACAAAAAUGAUAAAAUGAGGUUAUAGAAGACUGAAUUCUCAAUAAAAUUUAAAAUGGAAAUUAAAUACAUCGAUAUGUAUAAUCCAACGAUGUAAUAUGCGUGAAUUUGGGAAAUUUGGCCCUAUAAUUGGUGCCAUUGACGAGGGUACAUCUAAUGUAAAAUUUUUGGUUUUUGCUGCAAAUACAUCGGAAGUGCUGACUUAUCACCAAGUAGCAUUGAAACGAUUUAGUCCACAAGAAGGAUGGGUGGAACAAGAUGCAUUAGAAAUUUUGAGUGCUGUUUUGGAAUGUAUCGAAGUUACAGUAGACAAUUUGAAAAAACUUGAUAUUAAUCCUGAAGAUGUUGUGGGUAUUGGAAUCACUAACCAAAGAGAAACUACUAUAGUAUGGAACUCAUCUAAUGGAGAACCUCUUUACAGUGCCAUUGUGUGGUUAGACGUAAGAACGUCGAGUAUUGUUGAUGAUCUUCUUAAAACCAAAGGAGCACAGUGUAUCAAUGCUGUCACCCAGACAAGUGGGCUUCCAUUAUCUACAUAUUUCUCAUCCGUAAAGCUAAAAUGGCUACUACAGAAUGUUUCAGCUAUUAAAGAUGCAGUUACUAAUGGGGUGUGCAUGGCAGGGACUGUGGAUGCCUGGUUAAUUUGGAAUCUUACUGGUGGGAGCAGAGGGGGAGUGCAUGCAACAGAUGUCACAAAUGCGUCUCGGACACAACUUAUGUCAUUAAAAAGCUUACAAUGGGACAAAGGACUUUUACGUUUCUUUGACAUUCCCAUACAAAUAUUGCCAAAGAUAAAAAGCUGUGCUGAAAUUUAUGGAUAUAUUGCAACUGGUUCUCUACUUGGCACUCCAAUUGCAGGGUGCUUAGGGGAUCAGCAAGCAGCAUUGGUUGGUCAAAAUUGCAUGAAUUUUGGCCAGGUGAAAUGCACUUAUGGGACAGGUUGCUUUUUACUUUACAACACAGGUGAAUCAAUAGUUCACUCUCAAAAUGGUCUACUUACAACAGUAGCUUAUAAACUUGGGCCAAAUUCUCCCGCGAUCUACGCAUUAGAGGGUUCAGUAGCGAUAGCAGGCGACACGCUACAGUGGCUGCAAGAUAGCUUGGGUAUUAUAAAUGAUGUCUCGGAAACUGAGUCGCAAGCAUCACAAGUGACUGAUGAUGAUGAAGGAAGCAUUUGUUUUGUGCCAGCAUUUAAUGGUUUAUAUUCACCUCAUUGGAGAAAAGAUGCGAGAGGCGUGAUGUGUGGACUGAGCAGCAAGACUCAGCGGCAGCACGUGGUGCGCGCGGCGCUGGAGGCAGUGUGCCAACAGACACGCGCCGUGGCCGAUGCCAUGGCCGCCGACUGCGCGCCGUUGCGCCGCCUGCUUGCCGAUGGUGGUAUGGCGCAAAAUUCCGCGCUCAUGCAGCUGCAGGCAGAUCUACUCGCUAUACCUGUUAUCCGCCCGUUAAUGAUGGAAAGUACGGCUCUUGGAGCAGCAAUAGUGGCAGGUCGUGCUCUCCGAGUAUGGCCAGCUAGUACACCCAGUCCACCUGCAGACACAUUUAUGCCAGGAAUUUCAAAUGAAGAUCGAGAAAUACGCAAAGUUCGCUGGGAAGCAGCUUUGGACAAAUGUUUGGGUUGGGUAUCAGAAGAAAAUGAGGGAAAACAAUACAAACUUGAUGAGGUCGAUUACACUACGUCAGUGUUACCAUCAGGGCUAUUUUUCCUCGGUACUGCACUGCUUGUUAUUUUAGCAGAUAAAUUGAAAAUUACGUAGAGUUAAAAAAUGUUCCUCAAAUUAGUCAUUAGAUUAUACCGGCAGUGAUAGUCAGCCAUAACAUAUGCAGUAUUAUUAUUAUUGUGUUAGUGAAAUGGUACCAAAAUAAAAAAAAUGUUUUUU